CAUCAUAGGACGAAGAGCUUACGACCUUGAGCACAUCUACGGCGCAAUGCACCGAAGAAUUCACAACGAGCUAGGACAAGAUCUGCUUGGGGCAGAGAGGCGGUAGAGAAGGCGCACUGCAACGACGACUCUACUCUCUGCACGUGUGCGCCAACCGGUCCGUGCGCGGCUUCUCUUGACAGGUCCUCCCGAAGUAAUAACCCCACAAGUCCCGCCUCUGUAUCGACCAUGUCCAAACAAGAAGUGUGGAUACCAUCAGACAGGAGCGACAAGGCUCGGCUCCAUGGCUGGCUCUUCUUGCCAUCAGGUGGUAGGGGCGGCGAUGCGAAGCGGCUGCCGCUCGUCAUUGGCGCCCACGGCAUCACCUGCCUCGUCGCACACGGUCUGCACGACUACGGCCAGGCGUUUGCCAAAGUCGGCUAUGCGGCCCUGAUGUUUGACUAUGCCGGCUGCGGCGAGAGCGAGGGCCUGCCCCGGGACAUAAUCGACAUCGAUGCGCAGCAGCGCGACUACCAGACAGUCAUUGCGUGGGCAAAGAAGCAGGCGCGAUUCGACCCAGAGAAAUUCGUCCUCUUCGGAUCAAGCUACUCCGGCGGACACAGUGUGGUCGUGGCCUCCAAGGACCACAGUCUCGCCGGCGUCAUGGUGGCUAACCCUUUUAGCGAGGGUAUCUCGAGCUGCAUUGCCACCUUGUCCAUCUGGACCCUACCCUUGCUCGUUGUCGCCCACAUCGACUGGCUGGUCGGUCUCUUAUUUGGCAACCGGGUGCCGCCAAUCUACAUACCCAUCACCUUUCCCUUCGAUCCCAAGACGGGCCGCAGCAACGUGUGGAGACCAGGGAUGCUCACCUCGGGCGAUACCGCCCAGGGCUUUUAUGAGAUGAAGCAGGCAUCAGCCGGGCAAGGCGGUGCUGGAGCAGGUGGUGCAGAUCGCCCCAAUCGAAUCGCCGUGCGGGGCAUGGUGCAGGUCCCGACCUUUUCACCACGAGCAGCGGCCGCAGGAGUCAAGUGCCCCCUGCUCGUCGUCAUCCCGCGAGGCAGAGACUACCUCUGCCCCACACGCGAUGCUGUACAAAUGGCAAAAAAUGCCGCGCGCGGCCGAGUCGUCGAGGUCGGCACCGCUCGCUCGGGCCACUUUAGCUUCUACCCAGGUGUCACCAAUGACAACUGCAGUCAGGAGGCCAUGGAAGCCAUGGAGGCCUUUCUGAAAGAACUGUCUGGUUGAUUUGGGGUUACAGACUACUACUGUUACAAGCAAGCAGUCAAUCAAUUGACG